AUGGCAUAUGCAUCAACUUCGAAACAAGACGAUAGCCACGACAGUAAUGAGAGUGAUUCUGAUGAAUUGUCUCUGUCCUGUGGUUCAUCUGAAUUUGAAAUUGGAGAAAACGGGAGCUCAGGUUCAGACGAGGAGUUAGAAGAAGCUACUGAACACCCUGACACAGCUUGUAUAACAGACCAUCCGGGAUUUCAUCCAGUGUGCCUUGAUAUACAUGUAUUAAAAGUUGCCUAUUACCAGUAUAGACAACAAUAUGGAGAGCAUCCUGAUCAUGGAAAUGAGACAUUAUCUUUAUCCAUGAACAUCUUUUAUAAUUUCAGGAGAAAUCGUUAUACAGCUUAUAGACAAUUUGUACAGUGUUGUUGGCAUUUCCUAGGGAAAGAGGUCCGUGUGGUUAUUCCAUCUUGUGUGGUACUUAAGAUCCGGACUGUCUUCCGUGAUCUGCACCAGAACUACACUGGUUUUCAUGAGGCUGACAGUGAUUGA